AUGACUGCCGACAUCAUUCCGUAUGAGCUCUAUUCAGACGCUCCAGGCUUUUUGCUCAAUAAGCUUGAAUGGGAAAAGGCAAAUGCAGCUCACCCCGAAACCUCCAGCUUUGGCUCAGUUCCAAAGGGGUGGCCAUCUCAAUUUUCUGGGCCUCGGACGUGGACGGGUCAAUAUUUAGAACAGCAUCCCGAAAAGCACAUCAAGCACCUCUCCCAAGAGCAUAUCAAUGAGAUAGAUGCUGCCAUCAAGAAUUGCAAGAAGCAAUCUCUUCUUCUUUCCAGUAUUAGUCGAUCGAACUUUCAGCUUCUCAUCCUCGGGCCAAUACUGCGUGGAGUAUCCGAUGAAAUCCACAACGGCAUCGGGUUUCAGAUUCUCAGAGGCUUCCCGGUCCAGAAGUAUGACAAGACGGACCAGAUCAUUGCUUUGCUCGGAAUCAACGCGUGGAGCAUUUCGCAUUUGGACCCAGAAAACCGUGGAAAGAUCUAUGUUUCUGCUCAAGACACCAACGCACAAUUCUUUCACAGCGACGCCGGUAGUGAUGUAGUUGGACUCAUGGCUGUGAGCCUUUCAGGUCACGAAGGUGCAUCGACUGUCGUCAGCGCUGGACAAGUCAACGGCAUACCCGACGAUGGGGUGCACUUGAUUCAUAACAAAGACGGCCGCCUAUUUGUCAAUUUCUCGACACGGACUUUCAUUGGCUACGGAGAGAUGCCCGAUCGAGAUGCCGAUUAUCCACCAUUGUCCUUCGAAGAGCGAGAGGCCUUUGCGGGCUGGCAGUGGGUGGCCGACGAGUACAGUCUCAAGACAGACCUUGAAGUAGGUGAUAUUGAAUGGGUGAACAAUCUUCACCUUCAACAUGCACGCCGCGGCUUUACCGAGGACAUCACGAAUCCUAGACAUCUCAUCCGGAUCUGGCUGAACGAUAGCGAAAACUCGCCCGAGCUUCCUGAAGACAUCAAGCGGAAGUUCGACGCCAUGUUUGCCGAGGAUCCUAAUUUCUUUCCCCUUGAUGAGAUCGAGGAGGACUUGAGGCGGAGGCAGAGCGGGAUCUUCACCGGCUCGUUCCGUUAG